ACUUAGCCACAUCAUUCAAAAAUGGAGAUGUGUCUAACAGAACUAUGACGCUCCAAGAGAUUUCUGAUGACGGGGGUAUAAUUUUUUAUACGUAUUUGAAUAGCUUGAAGGCAAAACAGAUAGAAGAAAAUCCUCAAGUUUCUGUAAGUUUUUUGUUUUUAUAUACAAAUGAAACAUCUAAUAAGAAAAUAACACAACAGGUUCGAAUGAAGGGCCGUAUAGAGACCAUGCGCACGUGUUGCAACGCAAAAAUCUUCGAAAAACAACCGCUGUACGCUAAAAUUCGAACUGUUAUUAUUGCAGAACAGGGUGUACCAGUGGCUUGGGAAGAGCUAAAGAAGAAACAUGACCGUGUAUUGGCUAAAGUAAAUAAAGGAGAGAUGGAAUUCAAAGUGCCUAAACAAUUUGUUUUAUACAAAAUUAUACCUGCAAGGUACGAUUUCUACUACUUCAAUGAGAACGAAAUUGGAGACAGGAUAUUUUUUUCCAAAUCCGAAGAUGAUAAGUGGGAUCAUGGUCACCUUACUGCCUAAUAUUGUUUUUCAAACAGAUCGACGAGUAACAUGUUUUUUUAACAGUUCA